AUGAAUGUUAUUUAUAUGGCUCUCAAUGCCUCGGAUGUUGCGUGUUUUUAUCAUUAUUUACAGUACAUUAAUUUGUACAGCAUGUUUCCAUACAUUAUUAUAUUCAUUUCGUUCUUUUCAUGGGUUCUGGCUGCUGGUCUACUCACUGCUAAUGCAAAACUAUAUGCAAAAGGUGCAACCUCUAAUGUUGAAUUGCUACUUGGAUAUCGCACAGUGAACAAUACAAUUUACUUUGCAGCUGAUGAAAACUCUCAGAUCACAUUCAAUAUAGAUAACACCACUUCAGCUCUUUAUACCAACGAUGGUAAAUACUGUAUUACACUGAACUACAAUUUCUUCAAUUUUGCUGAUACACCUGGUGUGCCAACAUUUCAAAUAAUACCUACAGGAGACCGUCUCCAGGUUACUUACAACAAUGGUGGAAAUAUGUAUAUAUGUCCAUCAGAUUCCUUAGGAGGAAAAGUACUUUCUAUUAGUAGGUCUGUAAUUCUGGAUCGCGAUCUUUGCGAAAUUGCUUACUUGUACUUUGCUGCUGGAGCAGCUCUUGUUAUUACCCCACCACCACCACCACCUCCUCCUCCUACAGAUCCCACUACAGCUCCCACAGGUCCUACAGAUCCCACAGGUCCUACAGAUCCCACAGGUCCUACAGAUCCCACAGGUCCUACAGAUCCCACAGGUCCUACAGAUCCCACAGGUCCUACAGAUCCUACUGAUCCUACUGAUCCUACAGAUCCUACAGAGCCUGCUGAGCCUACUGAGCCUGCUGAGCCUACUGAUCCUACCGGCGAGGAAACUGGUAAUGAACCUACCGACGAACCAGAACCUUCCUUGGCUUCUCUUUUCGCUAUAGAUGAAGAUGGAAGCAAAAUAGCAUUGAGAACCAUUGAGAUUUUGGAAAAAGCAAAUGAUACUGCUGAUGACAUUGCCAAACGUGACAAUAGAAAAGCUAUUGCCGGACUUACUUAUUUGGUAGCAGAUACUCCAGAUGCUUCUGGAUUCUACAUCAAAGAUGGCAAGCUUUACAAUGCUGAUGGUCUCGAAGCCGUUAAUGAAGAUUCCAAGUUUAUUUCAUUUGCAUCCGAAGGAGGAUUGACAGGAUUUGAGCUUUCAGACAGUGGAGAUAUAUCUUACACUGGAGAAGGUUCAUUCUAUUACUGUUACUUAGAUGGAGGUGAUGAUACUUUCAGAGUAAUUUCUCUUGAAGAUAUCGGAUCUUGUAAUGUUACUUCACUUGUAUUAGAAGAUAGUAGUGAAGAAGAAGAUUCAUCUACCACGAUCACUACUGUUCUUCUCUUCACUGAAACUAGUACCAUUACCGAAUGUCCAGAGUCAGUGACCAAUUGUCCAGACUUCUCCACAAUCGUCCAUACUAUUACUACAACAUACUGUCCAGACACGGAACAUGGUCCAUAUACAAUCACUUUAUAUGCAGCAGUAGAAACCGGAGAAGAAACUGAAACAUUUACAACGACAAUUUGCGAAACAGUAUGUGAGACACUUAUUUCUUCCGUCCAACCUGAUUCCCAGGCUACAGAAAUCCCUAUUUUUAAUGGUGCCGGCACUUUAACUAGUGGGGUUGGUUUAGCUAUUGCAGCAGGUAUUGUAUUUUUACUUUGAUUCGUACUUGAUUUUUAUUAGUUCUUGAUUUUGAUUAUUAAAUACAUUGAUAUUAAAAGGGAAUUUCUUUUCUUCUCCUAUAAUUGCUUAUUUUUAUACUCUAUUAUUUGCUUGUUUCUGUAACUUGAUGAUUUUUAACAUGUAAGUUUUAGUUAAAUGUUUCUAAAAGGUC